AUGUCGGCGACGAAGGAGAUGUCGGCCGAGACAAAGAAGGAGAAGGCGAAGGUGAUUCAGGAGGAGAAGUCGGUCGGGAAGGAGAAGUCGGUGGAGAAAGGGAAAGAGAAGGCGGAGGAGAAUCAGGAGAAGUCGAUCGGCAAGGGUAAGUCAGUGAAGAAAGGGAAGGAGAAGGAGAAGGCGGCGGAGAAGGAGAAGGAGAAGGAGAAAGAACGGAGGGGUCGUGGCAUCGACCACGACCCCUCGGGCGACGGGCAAGGGUGGGUGGGUGAGAUUAAGGCGUUGCUGGACACCGAGAUCAACAGGGAGCAACCCCCAGGGGAGGUUGCUCACAAUGUCGGGGGGAAUGCUGGAGUAGAUGAUGACGUGAUCGCUAGAGCGAGAGUGGAGGCCAUGGCGUUCUAG